UAUUUUUUUUCUCUACAAAUGUUGGUGUGUUUCUCUCGAACUCUCUCUGGCUUUGUAGGUUUGUUUACAUGAUCAGCUGACGAGGGACGAGCGUGCACAGGUGCAUCAUCCGAGCUUGGGCUCAUUUGUGGGAAAUAAUGCAGAGAUUGUGACAAGAAGACACCCAUUAUCACUGCCAAGACAGGUGGUGACAAGGUGCCAGGGAAGGUGUUCACUGUGGCGGCCAAGCAGAGCACCAGGAACACAUCAUCAGAGAUGCAGCAGCGAAUCAUCCUGAGCCGGCUUCAGGUACUCAACAGAAUUCUCUCCACUCCGGGAAUAAAACAAAGUCCCACAUUCGGCUCUCAUUAUGCACUUCGUCUUUGCUCAGACUCCUCUAAAGUCACUAUUGGUGAUGUGUCCAGGCAGCUGAGGGAGCCACAUCAACCACAGCUUGUGCCCAUUGGAUACUUACAGCAAGGUCUCCCUCAGUCCUUUCUGAAACACCUGCGAUGGCUGCUGCAGAAGGACAAGUUAGGACAAGACGUCUUCCUAAUAGGACCUCCAGGCCCACUACGAAGGCAGCUGGCACUUUCCUACUUAGAGCUCACAAAGAGAGAGUUAGAGUUUGUCACAUUGACAAGAGACACCACUGACACUGACCUCAAGCAGCGUAGGGAGAUACGAGGUGGAACGUCCUUUUACCAUGAUCAGAGUGCAGUUCGGGCAGCUGUAGAAGGAAGGGUCCUUGUUUUGGAAGGAGUAGAGAAGGCAGAGAGAAAUGUGCUACCAGUGCUCAAUAAUCUUCUUGAAAACAGAGAAAUGCAGCUUGAGGAUGGGCGUCUCUUGAUUGCCAGUCACAGAUAUGACCGAUUACUUGAGGAACACUCUCAAGAGGAGCUGGACCAGAUGCAUCUUGUACGUGUGAGUCAGGACUUCAGGGUGAUAGCUUUGGGGCUCCCCUCUCCCCCUUACCAAGGCCACCCUCUUGACCCUCCACUAAGAUCAAGGUUUCAGGCCAGAGAUGUAUCCAGUCUGCCAUUCAAGGGAUAAGGUCACGUGCCUAAUGUAAUGAUGUAACUUUACUGAACAUGGAUAUUUUUGGAAGAUUGUGGUGGUUGUUGAUACGUGCAGUUCUGAUGAGACUGUACUGCGUAUGUGGUGUUAUUGUAGUUUUUUCAGUUUUUCUUUUCUUGUUGUAACAGAAGUGAACUAAAAAAAAACCGUACUUUAUCUUUCCAUUAUUUGUAUUAUUUUGGUUCCUUUUUUUUUACGGUAGAAAGACUGAUACUUGAACUGAAUCUAGCAAAACAUGACGUACCUGGUAUAGUUUUUUUCUUAUUCCAUUUUAAUUUUACUUUUGACUAAGAUACAGGUUUACAAUACACAUGGACAAACUUACUGCCAUAUACUUUUUUUUUGCAUGGCCGAUAGAAGCACUGACAAGCAUUGAGACACCAUUAAAUCUUACACUCUGUUCUCUUUCGCUCUGCUCUUUGCCGCAGCCUCAUUUUCUUUUCCUUAAUUGUCAAUGGAAGAAUAAAAGUUAGAUAGAU